GCAGACAAAAGGACCAAAGACGACUGUAUUUGUAUCCAAGCAGGUAUUCACAACCAUACACAUACUUAAUAACAAUAACAAUGCAUUCCUAUACACAAACACACAACCUCAUAAAAUAUGUAAAUACAAUUUAAAGCUCAGUUUCUCCUAGAUAUUCAAAAAGUAGGGUCCUGUCACACAUUUGAUUCAUUAAUCAUGAACGUUUCACUUCUAUUCUGCUUCAUUGUGUAGGGUUUUGUCCACUAGAGGGAGUCACUCACUCUCAUUUUGAUUGAAGGUGCUGCUGCUGUUGUGCUGCUCCUCCCUCAGCAGCUUAUGUUGUCUUCAGGUGUUACUCCGAAGUUCGGUUUAUAAUAAUAUGAUUUAUCUAGUGCCAAAAAUGAAGUUAGUAAAUGUCGUUUGAUAGAGGGUAUUUAGAUAAUUGACAAGAAAUUGGUUGAAAACCUCCACUGCUCACUUACACAGAGGUAUCUUUGGUAUUUUUGGUGUGUGGAGGUUUUAGAGUACUCUCAUCUCCGACAGCACGCGAAGGCAUCAGGACAGUGAGCAGGUAGAGGCCGUCAAUGAGAUCCCAUGGGAGAGAGAGAGAGGGAGAGGGCAAGAGAGAGUCCUGGAGGUAGACUGGUGAGACGGCGUGAGGACUUUUUUUUCUUUACUUUAUCAACCUAAAACAGGAGUCUCGAAGAGUUUGGAAAACUUUUACUCCCUACGCCUUUCAUCAGUUUCUUCUUUUGGUGUCGCAGAUGAUUCUGAUAAACACUUCAUUUUCCCCUCGCUGGUCUCAGGAGGAUCGUAUCUCAUUUCUCUCAGUGCAGCGGAGGUACUGAACUUGGGACGUUCCUCUCUUUCUUUCUCCUUAUUCUCCUUCUUUAAAGCAGCGCAGGGAUUUAAGUGCGAGCCGAGAGUACAGAGUAAGUACUCUGUUAGAGGGCGCGUGGGUUUCAGGACUCAGUGUAAUUACAAAGUUAUAAUAAGUGAAGCGAGACAACGGUCCGUUUGAUUUAUUAAAUACAUAGAAAGGCACAUGCCGAGUUUAACAGCUUACACGAGUGUUGUUUUUAAUUAUUAACCGAUAUUCUGUCUCUACAUUAUCUGGUUAACAUGCCUUAUUAGGUUCCGAGCGGCAACCUGCACCCCCUGCCUUUGAAGUUCAAGUCGUGGCUGCGCAACUUUCCAGUGGAUUUACGUAGAAAAUGUGGCGCAGACGGGACACGCUGUCUUUUGACGCCGUUUGUCAACUCGCGCUGUGUCGCGGGCGUGAUUGUGACUGACGCACACUGUAAUUAUAAAGAGCAAUAACAGCGCUAUAAGUGCCGUGACGGAUGAAUAUCGACACGCUGUUGCCAGGACGUGCGCUUUUACCUGGAAGAAGAUACAACAACUCAACAAACACGUCACUGCUGUGUGUAGGCUGCUGGAAAACUAAGGGUACACACACUUCAAGCCCUAACACAACACGACGUGUCUUCAUGGUGCGUUUGUACGUGCAAAGUUUCGACACCCAUAUUAAUGACACUGGAUAAAAGUUCACCACCGUUUUUUCCCCCUUUUUUCAUUCACUAUUUUUCUUUCUGUUUUCUUUUAAACUCACUGAAGCUGUGAGUUUUGUGUAAAGAAGAAGCCGCUGGCUUCCAUGUGUCCACUGAGUGACAGAGUUUGAAUAUUAACUCUGGUGCUGAAUGGGAGUUUGAGUUAUGAGUUUGAGUUAUGCUGGCGGUCCUCCAGCUUUAAACAUUUGGAUUGUAUCUGUUUCGCAGUAGAGGCGGAGAGAAGACGACGACGACGACGAAGAAGAAGUGGGACGAGUAUAAAUAUUUUUUUCCUUGUUUAUCCGCCGGUGCUUGCCUGCUUUGAAGUCCACCAUGUGCGGCUGGGCACCGCCACUACAGCCGAGGCCAUGACCGUCCCCCUGUGGCGCCUGGCCGGGCUCUGGCCGUGGCUGCUCAUGGCGGCCCUGCAGCAGCAGGUGGUGCUGGCUCAGCCGGGCCUGGAGUCCGAGCGGCCGGCCCUGCGAGCGCUCAUCAAGGUGACACUGCUGAAGAACGAGCCCACGGGGAAGCCCAUCACUCUGGAGGGGGUGUUCGUUGGAGGAAGUGCCGGCUAUGCGGAGGGAAAGCUAAUGCAGUAUCACCCUUUGUCUCUGUGCAACACGAGCGAGGAUGAACGGCAGGAGAGUGACUUCAUCACCAUUGUCAAGCUGGAGCACCGAGUUCCCCGAUGUCUGCCGCUGCUCGAUAAGGCUCGCAUGGCCCUGGAUAAGGGAGCUCAGGCUGUUAUCUUUGAUGUCAGUGAUGAUGCCAAUGCUGCUGCUGAGCUGCGGGAAACAGACGCCCUUCCUCGUCCAGUCGUGUUAGUAGAGGCUGAAGAUGCUGAGGAGCUGAUGGGUUUGGUCAACAAGAAUGAGGAGGCCAAAGUUCGCAUUGAGAUCAUGAUGGAGCAGUCGAAAUGGCCACAUUACGAUGUGGGUAUCCUGCUCACCGUCUUCCUAGCUAUUUUGACCAUCGUCCUCAUCUUUGCCUUCCGCUACAAGUGCAAGCCCAACAGGACGUGGGACUCUGUUCAUCAGCAGACCGUGCGGGCCAUUAGUAGACUGGAGACCAAAACCUACAUCUCUCAGGGCUGCUCUGGCUCACAGCGACACCGCGGGGCCUGGGGGUCAGCCAGCAGCUCCAACUCAACCCCCGUCUGUGCUAUUUGCCUUGAUGAGUUCCAGGACGGGCAGCAUUUGAGGGUCAUCUCCUGCGCUCAUGAGUUCCAUAAGGACUGUGUUGACCCCUGGCUGCUGCAGCACCGCACCUGUCCCCUCUGCAUGCACAACAUCAUGGGUGAGGACAAGCAUAGUUACAGGACAGAGCGACAGUCACAGAGGAAUAGGCUCCAGCAGAGUCCAGAGCAGAGCCAAGGCUUCCUGCACCCUCAGCCUUACAGCAGCCCACAUAACCACCCCUUCCCUCAGCAUGCGAUCCCCUUCUCUAUGAGGCCCCACUAUCCUCGUGGACCCUCCGGACCAUAUCCUUCUCUGGGCCACUACAGCGGCUCUUCCCCCAUGGACGCACAAACACUGCGAUUCCUCACCAGCAGGCCGCUUGGCUCUGGCUGUGGGUACCGCCUUCCCGCAGAAGGUCCCGCGAGGUCUCACAGGAUUGGAGGUAACUGCAGGACGUCCACUCACCACUACACGCCUCGCCGCUCCUGCCACAAUUAUCGUUCAUCCUGCCCGACACAGCGCAGUGCGUCCUGUUCGAGACUGCACCACACCGCCUCUGUCACGGCACAGACCCGGGGAGCAGCCGCUCACAGCCGGCAGGACGAGGGCAGCUGCUCAGGUGGCAGCUACCACACAGAACGCAGUGGAUAUUUAGCCGAUGGGCCAGCAAGUGAUUCCAGCUCGGGGCCCUGCCAUGGCUCCUCCAGCGACUCAGUUCUCAACUGUACUGAUGUGUCCUUGCAGGGAGUUUAUGGCAGCUGGUCCACCUUCCGUAGUUCCCUGAGUAGUGACUACGAUCCGUUUGUGUAUUAUGGGCCAGGUUCUGGACGGGGGCCCCGGAGGAACAGUCUGGAGGCUGGUACUCAGGUCCGGCCUAGGUCUCUGGAUUCUGUGGUGAACAAAGUGGGCUGCCCUGAAGAACAGCCACAGACUGUGUUCAGCCACAUCCACUACCACCGUCACAGACACCACCACUAUGAGGACGGGGAGCACAGUCAGGGACCAAGCAGAGGCUCGGACGAGGAGCAGGGAGCCUCUGCUGCCACUGCUGCUGUGGUUCUGGAUAAAGACUCACCUGUGUGCCCCCCUAAACACAGUCCCUGCCAGUGCCCGAUACCUGACCCUACAGAUCGGCACAGCCCGGGAAAGGCAGAAUGCCAGGACCAUGACACCAGCAGUCCUUCAGGACCUCCUGUCCUGAUGUCCCCGAUCCCCUUACAGCUCCAGCCCCACUGCUGUCUUCAGGGACACAGUCACCCUCCCGCUCCUCUGGGGCGAGUGGCCGCCUGUGUGCUCGAUGGCCCUUCUGUUCGCUUCCACCAGAGCCUGGAUCUGCCGGACGACCGUAGCAUCCAUAUUCACUAUGGUCAGGGCCCAGGCUUCUGCUGCUCCCCCCCUGAUCUGCACCCGGCUCUGCUCCCUGUGCCCCUCAUUCUAGACUCUGGAGGCAUGGAGGAGUGGCCUUGUUGCACCGGGGCCCAUGUUGUGUGGCAAAAGCGGGUGCAGCAGGCUCGCUCAGAGCCUCAGCUGCUGGCUCCUGGGACUUCUAUGGACAGGCCAGCGUGCAGGUUCCAUCAGGGACCUGCUGCUGACUGCAACACAGACAUUUGUUUAUACUGCCAAACAUUACACCAAAAUCAGGGAUCAGAAGAGGAGUCUGGUGUGUGACAACUUGUUGCAUCCCGAUUAUCACGCUGCUACACAGGAGCCAGAAUGGACAAGCCUCUAAUUGGCCAAUCGCUCUCAUAUCUUCCACAUGAUUCCGCCAGCAAUGCCAACACCGCA